CGAUAGUGGCCAGCAUGGCGGAAGCAAGUUGGCGAAAGACCAGCGGCAAAGACGAACGUGCCAAAAUGGGGGAUAUGCAGACAACAAGCCCGAAGACACUUAUCAGAGACACUAUUAACGGCUUUGUGUUCUGGAGCUUGUUCCAGGCACUGGCUCCCAUGAUCUGGUUCUACCCUCUCAAUGAGCUGGAGAUAUCGGGGUACGAAGCCUUUGCUGCUGUGUGGUUCUGUCCGAUAUUCUGCAUCCUCCCCGGCUUCCUGUGCCUGAUACAGAAUCGAUGGGUCCUUGGUCUGCUGCGGCUAGUAUGUGUUGGAUGUCUUGUGUCCUUUCAGAUGCCAACAACACUGUCACGGUUAGUGACACUAGCCGUCGGAUCUGGAACAGUGACACUCGUCAUGGCCGCUCUGCUCUUCAGUCCAAGUACAAGGAUCAGGUCCCAGUUUUAUUGGAGUUUGAUGUUGGGGAUGUUUGCAUUCCUGUCCAGUCGGAUAUGGCUGACAUCAUUUGUCCCCACCUGGUGGUCAAACUCGACAAACACAGCAGUUAUCUCCCUUGGCACCAUUGCUGCUCUUGAUCAGAUCAUGUCAGGGGAUGACAGAAUCGAAGAUGUCUCGAAACAACUAUCCAAAGCAGAGCGGCCAUAUUGGAUCCCAGCAUCCCUUGGGUUUGGCAGUCUGUUGUACGUGACACAUGCCUGUUUUGGGGAGGUGUCACUGAUCCUCCGAUGGGUGGUGAAAGGUUACCCUGACCAUGGCCCUAUGCCUUAUCCAUGGGGGGGCCUUGUACUGCUGAGUCUGGCGUUCGGCGCCUACAUGUCACAGUGCCACCAUGUCUCCAACACAACCUGGUGGUGGGUGUGUGGCCUCCUCGGCUUCUUUGCCAUGUACUUCCUGCCUAGGUGGAUGGGUUUUGGAGGUGGCCUGGUUUUAGCAGUGUAUGUAAUGUCUGUCUGGCCGAAACUAUUUGACCAGAUGUCUGGUUGCCCAGCAACAAGCCUCACUCUUGCCAUGGUGGUGUAUGUUGCCGAAGUAUUAUUUGGUGUGUGGACAGUAGCUUACAACUUUGUCCCUGGGGGCGUGUACACAAGGGAGCACACUGAUUGGCUGAUAGGAAUCGUCAUGGUGAUGAUCCUGUUUGGACUGUAUUCAGGUGGUAAAAUAACGGAGAGCAGAGCUGCCUUUGUCACCAUCAACAAAACGAAGAUGCCAUCUACAUCGCAUAGCAUUUUGUUAUUUCUCCUAGUCGUGGCUGGCCUGGGGGGCUUGGGUGCAAGAUACACCCCUCGUCAGUACGACCAUGCACCUAAGACCGCCCCGCAUGAGUUCACUGCUGCCAUCUGGACCUACCACUUUGGCUAUGAUAACAAGGGCUGGCCCAGCCUGGAGAGAGGGGCCCAGUUACUUAGUGACACAGGUGCUGACUUCAUCACGCUGCUGGAAAGUGACGCCUCCAAGCCAUUCCUAGGCAACAAUGACCUGGGGAUGUGGCUAGGGGAGCGGCUGGGGAUGUAUGUUGACUUCGGAGUGUCCACUAAAGACCACACGUGGGGGAAUUUGAUUCUGUCGAAGUAUCCUAUCGUGAAGUCGACACAUCAUCUGCUUCCAUCCCCCCACGGUGAGCUUGCACCAGCCAUCACCGCCACAGUCAACUACACCGGUAAACUUGUAGACUUCGUCGUGACGCACAUGGGCAAUGACCGCGAUGUGCUGGACAGAGAGCUUCAGGCUAGAUUCCUAUCAACUGAACUACGUAAUGCUGAGAAUCCUGCCGUGUUCCUGGGGUAUGUGACAUCCCAGCCUGGGAGCCGCGAUUACUACCAGCUGAUCAACCAUGGGAAGGUCAAGGACAUCGAUGAGACGGAUCAGGACCGGUGGUGUGAAUACAUCAUGUAUAAAGGGUUAAUAAGACUGGGAUAUGCUCGGAUCACACAUGGCGGUCUGAGUGAUACAGAAGUCCAGGUAGCAAGGUUCCGCAUCCCAGACGAUCCGCAAAAAUAUUCCGACCACGCCAAGACGUCCAGCGAUGGUAAAAAGGUGGAAGAGAGAAUACGGUUUAAUUCCAAGUUUGGCUCCUACCAUGUAGGUCACGGCUAUUUCAGUGGCCAUGGGUUCCACAUGAGUACUCCCAAGUAUUUCCUGCCUUGAAGUAUGUCUCACCCUGAAGUUUGUCUCACCCUGAAGUAUUUCUCACCCUGAAGUAUAUCAGGCUAGGGCUUCAACAAGUACUCGAGUACUCGGGGCCGGGUCAGUUUCAGAAAAAUUUGAGUCGACUCGAGUACAUGCUAAGGAGAGAUAACUCUAAUUCAAGUAAUUUGUUCAUUUCACAUGAUGUAUAAAGAUGAAAGAAUUAUAUCUUAUUUAUUAAGUCAAGCAAUCUAUGCUACAAGUGAGAGCUGGUAUAUAUAUAGAUAACUACUGAUAGUAUUGUCAUUGCCUUGUACCAGCAAUCUCAGUAAAAUCAGAUCUUAGUUUUCGCUACCCCUAAACAAAGAUCUGAGGACAUCCCAUUACAGGUCAUGUCAGAACGACCUUUCAUGAAUUUUGACCGACCAGAAAUGACUGACAAGAAAUCGACA